AUGCAGCCGCAGGCCGGCGCCGGGGUGGGCGAGGGCGGGGCGGAGAGCCGGCGGGACACCAAGGAGACUCCGUGGAGCAAUACACCACGCUCAAUGAGCGGGUAUUCGACGAGGUCAUGCCGCAAGACAGCGGGUGGAGGUCACGCCUGCACAAGCACCUCACGUUCAGGAGCCGAGAUCUUCAACCUGGUGAGCCUGGACGGUCUCUUCGAGCAGCCGGUCGACCUGAGCCACCUUGAGAGCCUCGACGUGAGCGAGAACAGCCUCGAGGACAACUUGGACUGCAUCGCGAAGUACAGCGCCAGCGUGCUGUCACUGAAGGUGCUCAAGGCGCGCAAGAACGGCAUCCGAGACGUCGGCAUCCUGCGGGUUCUUCCCAAUUUGCAGGACCUCGACCUCGGCCACAACCAGCUCGAGAGGCUGCCGGCGGUCUCCGGCCUGCCAAGGCUCGAGGUGCUGAUCCUGUCGGGCAACCGGAUCUCGGAGGUUCGCUGA